AUAAAAUGAGCUAGAGAACAUUUUUUCAAGUAAAAUUCGGAGCAUGUAAUUAGAAAGAGGUGGACAGUCCUCCCCAACUGAGCUGAGGAGAGAAGUGACUUUAAUCUGCACAAAUAACUUUCCGUGAAGCCUGUGUAGCGGACAGCCUUGGACUUUCCACCAUAUCCUCUGUUUGAUUAACUGUUGAUAGCUUGAAAGCCAUGGUGGUGAAGAGUGGGGUGAUUCUGUCUGUCUACAUCAUCACCUUCCUGGUGGGCCUGCCUGGCAACAUCCUGGCACUCUACGCCUUCAGCGUCAAGAUCCACAAAAAGCCCACUCCUACAGACAUCCUCCUGCUCAACCUGACUGUGUCCGACCUGAUCUUCCUGCUCUUCCUGCCCCUCAAGAUGCACGAGGCAGCCUCCGGCAUGGUCUGGACUCUCCCCUGGUUUCUCUGCAACAUUACCUCUUUUGUCUUCUUCUCCACCAUCUACACCAGCUCCCUCCUGCUGAUGGUGGUCAGUGUUGACCGCUACCUGUGUGUGGCCUUCCCUGUCCAGUACAGGCUCCGCCGCAAGCCCUUGUACGGAGUGGUGAGCAGCCUGGUGGUGUGGGUCUUCAGCUCGGUCCACCUCUGCUUCAUCUACAUCGUGGAGAACCAGCCCUCAUCUGAUUUCAAUGCCUGCUAUAACAACUUCACCCAGGAGCAGCUGAAGGUGGUGCUUCCCAUGCGCUUGGAGCUGUGUGUAGUUCUAUACAUCGUGCCACUGCUGGUCUGUGUGUUCUGCUACCUGAACUUCAUCCUCAUCCUCAAUAGGACCCCUAACCUUUGUGCAGAGAAAAGGAAGAGAGCCGUCGGAAUGGCUAUGGGGACCUUACUUGUUUUUGUUGUCUGCUUCCUGCCCUAUAAUGUCACCCAUGUACAGGGGUUCAUCAUCCAAGACAACGUGGAGUGGCGGCUCUAUGCUCUGCUCCUGACCACGGUCAACACUGUCCUGGAUCCUGUGACGUUCUACUUCUCCUCCUCCAUGUUCCAGGCCACCAUGAAGAGGAUCCUGACUGGGAAGCGAAGGACCAGCUCCCCUGGUGUCUUCAUGACAGCUCAAAACAACACUAGAGACAUAGAGGGACACAGUAACCCACCCACAACUGAGGGAGGUUUGUCUGACAAGUGACAGAGCUUUUUCUGACAAUUGAAGACUUCCUAAUAUGGAUGCCAUAUUACGGGGCAGACAGUCACCAGUUCACAGACAAUGAUGUAGACUAGAGAGAGACCUGCCAGCAGCAUACCUGCCAGCAGAAUACCAACCUACAUCCCACUGCUCACUUAACUAUGAAGCUAAGCAGGGUUGGUCCUAGUUGGUCCCUGGAUGGGAGACCAGAUGCUGCUGGAAUGGGAUGUCAUACGGGUGUCUUGGCUCUCAGUGGUCACUAAAGAGCCCAUGGCACUUAUCAUUAGAGUAGGGGUGCUAACCCCGGUGUCCUGGCUAAAUUCCCAAUCUCGGACCACAUACCAUCAUGGCCACCUAAUUAUCCCCAGGUUACAAUUGGCUCAUUCAUUCCCCUCCUCUCCCCUGUAACUUUUACCCAGGUUGUUGCUGUAAAUGAGAAUGUGUUCCCAGUCAACAUACCUGGUAAAAUACAGGUAAAAUUAAAAACCUGAAAGGUUCAUUGUGAAGCUGCCAAUCUUUACAUAACUUUUCUCUUUGAAAGAGUAUUGCUUUUCAGCACAUUACUAUUUGUAACUUGUUAUUAUACAAUAGUUAUUGAUGAAGUGACAACAAAAUGCUAAUAGAUUAUUCCAACCCUGAGCCACAACCACAUGGACACAUACAGUAACAAUUAGUGGUUUGUUGCUACAGUACCCAUCAAGUGUUAGCAAAAUGUUAAUACACAUAUGACGUUACAUCAACCUUGGGCACGUGGAAAAAUAAAUGUUAGGAUUCUGUUAUCAUUUACAUGACUGUU